UUGGUGAAGCUUGUGAGACUAAAGGAACGCCACGGCCUUAUUCGUGCCAGAUUAGCCGGAGCUCGGGUGGCUACAGGGGAUGUGCUCAUCUUUCUCGACUCUCACUGUGAAGCCAAUGAAAAAUGGAUGGAACCAUUGCUUCAGAGAAUAAAGGAAAGUCGAUCAGCUGUUCUUGUUCCCAUCAUUGAUGUUGUUGAUGACAAGACUCUUGAGUAUUACCACGGCAAUGGACGAUAUUUCCAGGUUGGUGGAUUUACAUGGAGUGGACACUUUACAUGGAUUGACAUCAGUGAAGAGGAGCAAAAGAGAAGAGGCAGCCCUGUUGGCCCAACAAGAUCUCCCACGAUGGCUGGUGGGUUGUUUGCUAUUGAACGUAACUACUUCUGGGAAAUUGGAAGCUACGAUGAUGGAAUGGAUGUUUGGGGAGGAGAAAACUUGGAGAUGUCUUUCAGAGUGUGGAUGUGUGGUGGCACUUUGGAGACUAUACCAUGUUCCCGUGUUGGACAUAUAUUCCGUUCCUUCCAUCCUUACACCUUCCCUGGUAACAAAGACACCCAUGGACUAAACACAGCACGACUGGCAGAUACCUGGAUGGAUGGUUACAAGCGGCUCUUUUUCCUCUACAGGCCAGAGUUAGAGCAUGCAGACUAUGGAGAUGUGAGUGAAAGGAAAGAACUCAGGAACCGCCUUCAGUGCAAGAGCUUCAAGUGGUACUUGGAUAACAUUUACCCACAGAAGUUUAUCCUUGAUGAAGAUUCCGUUGCUUAUGGACGGGUACGAAACAUUGGAAUGAGUGUGUGUCUUGAUACCCUUGAACGUGAAGAUUUGGACAAGAGUGAUUACACCCUCGGCUUAUACUCUUGCCAACAUGCACCUCUCCGCAAUGAGUUCAUGUCCCUGUCAAAAAAGGGAGAACUUCGUAGAGAGGAGGUCUGUGCUGAGGUACCAAGCUUCUUCAUGCGGUCAACAGAAAAAGUUCGAAUGACUUCCUGUCAUGGACAGCGAGGCAACCAAGAAUGGAUAUUGACACAGACUGGUCAUCUAGUGCACAAGACCACAAAUAAAUGCCUUGACAGAGGUGACAAGCAGUCCAUGGAUGAUGUGUUUGUGACAGAUUGUGCAAAUUCACGGACACAACAGUGGUGGUUUGAUCACUAUGUUGUAGGUUAUUGAGGGUAACGUACUUUUAUGACCAUAAAUAUUAUCAAUUACAAUACUCUUGCAUAAAAUUUGGUUCUACAGUUCAGAUGCACGGGAAAACAUAUACUAAAUAUUGUAAAUGAUAACUCUAAAUGAAAAAAAUAUAUAUAUUUCCUGUUCAUUUUUAUAUGAAUGUCGCUGUAUAGAAGAACAGGUACAGUACUUUGAAGGUCUAUCCCUUCUGAUAUCUAUGGUCCUUAAGAUCAUAUGUGUAGUAACAUGUACUGCUGGUAAGGCAGCUAGUCACGUGAGGAGCUGUACAUUGCAAGGCUCCUACCUUGGUAAUUUAGCUGUUCCCAGAAAGGUAAACAUACUGUUUAUGCAGAUGCAAGUUGAUAUUUUGAGAAUAUAUGUUUUGUGAUAUUUAAUGCUUGAGAUAUAUAAUGCAGUAAGCUCUUGAUAUUACUUUCUCCAUCUAUAGCAACAAACAAAUGCUAUUAAUAACUUGAAAAUUUUGAAGUUUUAGCAAUAUGAAUCUAUUCUUGAAAUUGGUUAUCAAGAUUUGUUUUUCUUCAAAACCAAAUACAGUAUCAUGAGAAUUACAGUAAGUGCAUAGAAAAUACAUUUUAUCAGCCAAGGAAUUUGGAAACAAGAAACUAGGCAAGAAGUAAUUUCUGAAUUCCUCAGUAUUUUAAAGCAAUUUUUAAAAUUUUUGUCAUGGUGGUAAGAGGUGAGUGACAUUAAUAAAGAACCCACCUGAAGAUCAACUCAUUUAAUUUAAUUUUUUUUUAUCCCUACUAUGAUACAUGGGUACUGGAAGUCAUCAAAACAAAAUGCCAUAACCUGUACAGUAUAUUGAUAUAAGAGAUCGUUGCUUUACUGUACUUUGCUAUGUAACCCUUCAGAGAAAUGGCUUUUAAUGUCAAUUUUAUUUAUUUUUUUUAAAUCUGAAGUAUCAUAGUUUCAAAGGAUUUCCAAGUGUGUUUUGUCACUAAAUUAAAAAAAAAUUCAUAUACCCUGUAUUCAUAUUGUAUUUCCUGUAAUAUGUGCAGAAAACUUUUUUAAGCAUAGUGUAUCACUUCACAGUGCUGGAUGUGCCGGAAAUUUAGUGAUUAAUGAAUACUUUAGCGAGUCUUUGAAAAAAUAAGUAGCAUUUUGUGCAAAAUUGUGAAAUCUGAGUAUCAGUAAUUUAAAAAAAUUGCUUGAUUUGAAGUUUAUUCUGAUACACUGGGGAUAUCUGAAAUUAUUGUAAAAAAGAAAAAAAAACGACUUUCAAAGUGAAUAACUUCAAGCAUACAGAAACAUAUAUUUUACAUGUUACAGUAUAAUGAUUAUUACUGAAAUCACUUCUAGGUGAAGUAUCAGCUGAGUUACCUCUCACACUAUAGCAAUCAAAUUUGUGAUUUCACUCGUCUCUGAAGACAUUUUAUCAAAACAAAAGAGCAAUAAAAUUACAAUUUAUAAGGCACAGUGAUUUAAAAGAAGAAACAGUAUUUCAUAAAACUAUUUAUAGGAAUGACAGUGCUCAAUAGAUUUUUAAAUAACUUUAGGAAAACUUUGAUUAUAUAAUUAAUUUGAAAUAUUUUCACUGUUAAGGUGAUAGGUUGGCAUGGAAUGAAUUUACAUUUUGUUAGUUAAUUAAGAAGUUUCAAGCUAAUUUUGUAAAGCUUUUAACUGAAGGUUAGAAUAUGACUAUAUACAAUAGAUAUCCAAACAUAUCCUAGUUAAUUGCAUGUGAUUCAUGAGUAACAAAUCACUUUAUGAUAUUCUUGGUUAUUUGUAGUUCUGUAGUAGCAUAAUAAUUACAGCAGUUACCAGUCAGACUGCUGUCAUGUCAGGGGUGUGCUGUACAGAAAAUAGUUGACUUCCUAACACAAACUGUUUCUUUUCAAGAACUGUACUCAUUAACAGAUUAUGCUGUUAUAAUACUUAGUGUUGUUGUUGAUAUUUUAUAAGAAGAUUUUGCAUAUUUGUUCUGGAAUAGCACCAAGACAGUAUUAUAGGUGCCUUUAGGCUACCUCUUUUUGGUGUUAUAAUAUUUAUAACAUCUGUCAUUCCAUCCAAACCUAUGUUAUCUGCUUACUCCUCCUCUUUAUCUGGGAUCUUUAGUAAAUGUUACAGCUAAAACUAAUAUAUGUCUUUUAAGUCUUCAAAAGAUGGGGUUAGUUCCACAGUGCAUAUUUUAUUCUGAUUUUGCUUUUAACCGAGUUUUUAAAAGCAAACGUUAGCGUUUACAUUUGAACCCAAUAUUACACCAUAUUGUCACUCAUAUGAUUAGCUUUAGACUUCAACACUAAAAUGUUCAAUUUGAUUACUGCCACACAUACGGACUUCAUACAUUCAUCUUCUCUUCAUCCUCACUACUUGAAUUAAUAUAAUUGUCCUCAAAAUUGUACUUAUACAGUAGAUAGAAUCACAGUUUUUGCAUCUUCUGUGUAAUAUUAAAUUUUUACAGUCCUUUUGAGACUUAGUUUUGCAAAUGGAUUGGAUAGUGGGUGUCUGACAGUGUGUUGCACCUGUGUCUCAAUAUGGUAAUGACUAGCUUUGCAUACACAUUACACAGGGUCAGUUAAGCAACCAUACAUUACAGAAACUGUGUCCAGAAAAUCACAUAACUAAUAUUGAUAUAUGUUUAUCAUAACCCUAGAAAUGGCAAAGUAUGUGUACAGUAAACCCUCGAAAGUCUGGACCCCGUAAGUCCAGAUUUCAGAUAGUCCGGACCCUUUCCAGGCAAGAAACAUUUAUCCAAACCCUUAAAUAUUUGUCUGUUUGUAAUUCUCGCGUGCACAAUCAUUUGAAAUUUCCUCCAGUGAACACCCCCUUGAGGCCUCUCUCCUCCUCUUGGAGCCAUGAGUGAGCAGUUUAUUGCCCAUGCUUAGAAUGGACUCACCCAUAAUGCUGCACUGUGACUGGUUAACUUCUCUCAAGCUGCAAGGCUUGCUUCCCCUUAUUUGCCACAGAAAAAAUGGUAAGAUUUUAGGUAAAAUAAUUCAAACAAUGGUGAUAGUAAUCCUUCUGGGAAGAGAGCAGAAGAUGAGCGCAUAUUGCAUCAGCCAAAUGCCAAACACAUGUGCGUGCACACACACACACACACACCAUCUAGGCUUUAUUAUUUUGAUGUUAAAAUUCAAAUUGUCAUUUUUUUCUAUUAUUUAAUAUCUUAUAUUAUUAAUGGUAAAACAUACACCAUAAUAGGCUGAUCAUACAGUCAGAGAAUAUAAUAAUGCAUAAAUAAAAACAAACUGGUGAAUGCGGCAACGGCCAGUCCCACCCCCACAGCACGAUUACUCAUGAAGUGUCAUCUCUUGUAUCUAUUAGCUCUCGUUCGGCGUACUGUAUAUCGGAUCUGAUUAGACCACUGUACAAUAUCCCCAUUAAAGACAAUACAGUAUACAUGUACUUGUAUAUUUUAAUAUAUAAGGUAAUACAGGUCCACCACCGAUUUUCUGGCACCUUUGGUUCCUAAGCCUUGCCGGACCAUCCUUUUGCCGGAUUAACAGAGGUCAUACACCUCUGACCCACUAGCUAUACACCUCCCAGUAUCUUUAAAGCGCCAUUGCAAUUUCAUGACGCUUCUUAAACCUUGGAAGCCAUCCUUCACUAUAGUCACAGUUAUGUUCUAAGUUAAGUUCUUCAUGGAACACCUUUGCCUGUUUCAUUAUCAUGCUAUCUGACAAUUCCACUUCUUCAAUGCGACGUUGUCGAAUCCAUUCCAUCAUCACUCUAUCAUGUUCAGUACAGUAUACUCUUACUGUCUUACAUUGUUUUCUAAAGCACAUUUUCUUCUUGGAAUCACUUUCUGCAUAGAAUCUCAUUACUUUUUCUCUUUGCUUCUUUAUAUCAUACACAGUUGACAAACCAAUACCAUACUGAUCACACAGCUGUCGCACCAAACACCACGGUCAAGUUUUCUCAAGAGUUCCACCUUACCUUGUAUCAAUAUGGACAGGGGUUUAUGCUCUACAGCACCUCUGACACUUGUACUUGCCUUUGAAGCCAUAGCUGGGGUUAAAUAUGUGCAAAAUAAGCUAAGAAUCACACAAAAUCAAGGGCUACCACCAGCAACUGCAGAGUAAACAAACAAAGUGAGCGUGGUUAACACGCAACGCCAUCUGUGGCAGCCCAGUAAACUAAUCUGGAGGUCGCGAGAAUUUCAAGUGCCCUUUCAUAAUUGUGUCUAGAUUAAAAGAGGUGCCCAGGACCAUCCGUUCCCGGAAAAUCGGUGGUGGACCUGUGUAUUAAAAAAAAGCCGGUUUUGGUGAAACCAAGAAACACUUUUUAAUUCAGACACUAAGGAAAACCGUCAUCCUAAUGAGCAUUUAUCAUUUUCAUUUGUUGACUAACCCAAGAAAGCCGUUAAAACUACGCUUAAUAUUUACCAGUGCGAGAAACACUUUCUUAUCAGGGAAAUUUAAUUCGACUGGUCAUAUGAGUACAUUAUUGUUAUUCUAAAUUAUUAUCCUAGAUUGUUUCACACACAGAACAGCAUUACAGGUUGUUUGAAUAACACUAAACACAGGUGGUUCUAUAUGACUGAAGUUUGUUGUGUAUACAAAAGUUUUAUAUAUUGUGCUGUUUUAGCCAUACUUUUUAAUGAGCACAUUUUUACACUUGUUGACUGUAAAUGUAAAGAUCAUUGUUAAAAAAAGGCAGAAAGGUUCCUGGGACCAUGUUUGCAUUUUAUUAUUAGAUUUGUUUCCAUUUUAUAUACUGUAUAUAUCUUAAGGACAAAUUUUCACAACAUAGUUUUCAUAUUUUUAAUAUAUACCAAUUUUUUCCUAAGUUUUGGUUAUUGGAAUCAAUACAGGGGGUCCCUGGGUAACAAACAAGUUCCGUUCCUGAGGACAUUUUUAAGUCAAAGAUGUACAUAAGUCGGAACACAUACCCUAUGUGUACUAUAUCAUAGCUUAAGUCGAAUCACUUACCUUUAACUGAUUAAACCACCCCCUACUAGCGAUAAAAUCUUCCCCAUCACUUUCACGACCAUGUGCAGCUUUCAAAACAGUGCAAACUUCUUGCAUUUUCCUGAAUCAAGGCUAGACUUAGAGGCAAAUGCCGUUGAUUUUGAUCUUCCACCCAUAUCACUAACAAUCUUUCCAUUUCAAUAAACAAUCCACUUCUUUGUUUUGUUAUCAUAGUUGAGUGAAUUGGUGUAUAGUAGAUCCUUUUACAUGUUCAAGAAUUUUCUGUUUGUCUUUCAAAAUUUUUUCGAUUGUUGGCAAACUGAAACCCAACUCUUUACCAAUGACUGAGGGUGGUUCACCUGUUUCAGAACAUUUAAGUACAUCAACUUUCUCUUCCAUUGUAAUUGUUUUCCUUUUCUUGGAUGCAUUACUAUCACUUGCACUAGGUUUGCAUUUGGAAGCCAUGAUGAGGGCAGAAAAAGAGUAAAUAAGCAAAAAACAACAAUUUGUUCUUGAUCACACACAUUACUGAUGCUCCCUCAAGGCACAUGGUUGGGUGAUGCAUUACUCCCCACCCGCUGCUAUGCCACGCACACUAGUUCUCAUACAUUAUUGCUAUGAACCAGUUGUACCUAUGUCGGAUUCUUAAAAUAAUUGACCUUAUGGGACCUCGUUCAUAUCAGCAGGUGUUCGUAAGUCGGACGUUUGCAAGUCAGGGACCCCCUGUUGUUCAUAAUUGUUGCAUAAUCUGAUGUACUAAAUUUAAUUGUUAGCAUUUUAAAAUUUCUUAUAAAUCAUCUAGUAAUUGUGAAUUAUAAAAUUUAGCUUCAGAUCCUAAUUUUGGUUCAUUAACUUGGUGAGAAUACAGUUUUAGGGCUAUGUACAGAAAUUACUCAAAAUAUUUAGAUGUUCAUACUGUACAGUACUUUUCGAACCAUACCAGCCAAAGCCAGUGGCAUACUUCACAACUAUUUUUGUCUAUUUUCAUACCUACUUGAUUUAUGAAUAUGUUUGAGUAAAAAACAUUAUUAUGUAUUCUAUGAAUCUGUAUGAAAGUAUAUGAACAUGAAAUAUUCAUUAUGCACUGACCUACUUUACUGUGUCAUGUUUAUGUAUUCUUCAUGAAUAACAGCCUUAAAAUGUUAUACUCCAUUGUUAAUUCAUAAAUUAAUUAUUAGUAAAAAGUUCUUCGGUAAGUAUAAAGUGUUUGUUUUUAUAAAUGAUAUAACUGCUUCAAUUGUAAAUACAGUACAUGUAGUUAGAACAUCAUAUUACAACAAUUCUGCUUGGUCUGCAUACUUUAAAAAUAUUUUUAAUGACACUGGGAACUGAGGAAUCAUUGAUAGCUGUAAGGUGAUUAAUAUAAUUAUGAAUGUGGGCUCUGAUAACCUGACCAUACUAUUGUGAUAACUGAUUAUCCCUUAUUUUUGCACCAUGAUGUGUGCACGAAGUGAAGGAUGAGGGUGUGAUUAAAGGCUAUUUUUCAUA